AUGCCAACAAUUAUGUUUUGGAGUCUCAUUAGUUGCAACUUAAAGUGUUCUAAUGUGUCGCCGUGUGUGAGGAGUGAUGCCGUUAAUGAUAGCACCAGGGCUCCGCCAUUGUGCAAGUACGUGUACGUGUACGAGUACGAGUGUGUGUGCUGCGGGAGUGUGGGAGUCACGCGGUAA